AUUAUAUUUUUGGUUGUUUUAGUCCUCUGGCAAUUUGACAGAAGAAUGAUUGAACAGUAAAGGUGUUGCAUUGAUGCCAUGGCGACUAUUUUUGGUUUCGUUGUGAGGUGGGCAAUCUCAGAAUCGCCAGACGGGUCAUUCCCAAAAUCUCUUCCGUCUUAUUUAAGAAUAACUAGUAAUUUUGAUUCGCGACGCAUUUCCCAGCAGGACGGGAGCCUUCUUCCCUCUUCUCAUAGUGUGUUUUGGGAGUUCGAAGAAGGCUCUGCAUUGAUAUAUAUGCCCCCCUGCAGAGCUAUUUUCUUUUUGGGUAUUUCUUUGUUUGUGUGAAAAAGAGAAUGAUCAGAUGGGGACUGGCUGCCCUGCAACUAUUGGAGCUGUUCGUCAGCUCCAUGGUUCAUUUCCUCUAUGGGUUAUACAUAUUCAGCACAGCGGUGGCCGGUGAUCUCUCCCUGGCUCUGAACGAGUGUCUUUUUAAGCUUAAUAUGAAUGUUGAGGUCAAAGAGGACGUGCCCGGCGUGGCGAGCCCUAAUGCUAAGAGUCUGCCUCCAAUUGUGUUAGUCCAUGGAAUCUUUGGAUUUGGCAAAGGGAGAUUGGGAGGUUUAUCGUAUUUCGCCGGGGCAGAGAAGAAAGACGAAAGGGUUCUGGUGCCUGAUUUGGGGUCUCUAACCAGCGUUUAUGAUAGGGCUCGCGAAUUGUUCUAUUAUCUGAAAGGCGGGCAGGUCGAUUACGGAGCAGAACACAGCAAGGCUUAUGGGCACUCGCAGUUUGGACGGGUCUACGAACAUGGGCAUUACCCUGAAUGGGAUGAGGAUCAUCCUAUUAACUUUGUGGGACACUCGGCUGGAGCACAGGUUGUUCGUGUUUUGCAGCAAAUGCUCUCUGAUAAGGCAUUCGAGGGGUAUGAGAAUACUUCAGAUAACUGGGUAUUGAGCAUUACAUCCUUGUCAGGAGCGUUCAAUGGGACUACAAGAUCCUACUUAGAUGGGAUGCAGCCAGAAGAUGGAAGAACCUUGAAACCUCUAUGUCUGCUACAGUUUUGCCGUGUAGGAGCAAUAAUAUAUGAUUGGUUUGACAUUCCAUGGCUGAAGGCAUAUUACAAUUUCGGAUUUGAUCACUUUAACAUGUCAUGGAAGAAAAUUGGUGUUUGGGGUCUUUUUGAUUGCCUCUUGGGAAAUUCGGGCCCAUUUGCUUCAGGAGACUGGGUCCUCCCAGAUCUUACUAUUCAAGGAUCCAUGCAGCUCAACUGCCAUCUACAUACCUUUCCCAACACAUACUACUUCAGCUAUGCUACAAAGCGUACUAGGAAGAUGUUUGGUAUCACGGUUCCUUCUAGCAUACUUGGCAUCCACCCGUUGCUUUUUAUUCGAGUAUUGCAGAUGAGCCAAUGGCGUCAUCCGCCAGAUGCCUCUCUCCCAUAUAAAGGCUACAGGGACGAGGAUUGGCAGGACAGUGAUGGAGCACUCAAUUCCAUAUCCAUGACUCAUCCUCGUCUUCCAAUUGAACAUCCAAGUCAAUUUGUCGAAAAUGAUUCAACAUGCCAACCAUUGCAACCAGGCAUCUGGUACUACAAGAUCGUGGAAGCUGAUCAUAUGUCGUUCAUUGUAAAUCGGGAGAGAGCAGGGGUUCAAUUUGAUCUGAUUUAUGACAGCAUUUUUGAACGCUGCAGAAAGCAUGUAUUUAGGAAGACUCCUCCAAUGGUUACCAAAUGAAGCACACCAAUAGCCGCCCCUCUCAUUUGAUAGUCUACAAACUUUAUUUUUACCUCAAUCAAUGAUAUACCUUUGCUGUUCUUUGUU